UCCCUCUCCCGUGGGCGCCAGCGUAUAAAAGUGAGGGUCAGCCUCCGAGCCACACACACUCUGAGUGAGGCUCGGCACAGGCAUCGCACACACAUACAGUAAUCAUGUCCAGUGGAGAUAAGUCCAAGACUUCUUCCCAGACUGACGGGAAAGCCACUCAGGGCAAGAAAUCUGAGAUGGGAAUGAUGUCCUACAAGAUGUACGUGUUCGACCAGGAGAACUUCCAGGGUCGUAUGAUCGAGAUCACCAACGAGUGCAUGAAUGUGUGUGAGAUGGGCAUGGACCGUGUGCGCUCCCUGCGCGUUGAGUGUGGACCCUUUGUGGGAUUUGAGCAGAUGAACUUCUGUGGUGAGAUGUACAUCCUGGAGAAAGGAGAAUAUCCUCGCUGGGACUCCUGGAGCAACUGCCAGAAAAACGACUACCUGCUGUCCUUCAGGCCUGUCAGGAUGGACCCCGAGAAGCACAAGAUCUGCCUGUACGAGGUGGGAGAGUUCAAGGGCCGCAAGAUGGAGAUCAUGGACGAUGACGUUCCUAGCCUGUUCUCUUACGGCUUCACAGACAGAGUGGGCAGCAUCAUCGUCAGCUGUGGAACCUGGGUGGGAUACCAGUUCCCUGGUUACCGUGGCAGCCAGUACCUGUUGGAGAAGGGCGACUUCAGACACUUCAAUGAGUAUGGCGCUCGCCACCCUCAGUUCCAGUCUGUGAGGCGUAUCCGUGACAUGCAGUGGCACCCACACGGCUGCUACACCAUGGCCAGCAAGUGAGGCUCAGGGAAGGAGAGGAAGAGAAAGAGCGGAAAUGAGGGAGAGGGGAGGAGGAAGAGGGAAAGAGGGAGAGACGUCUGAGGUUUUUCGUUACAGGAGUGAGGGUGAGGGUCAUUUCUGCCCCUGACCAGAGACGAGAGCUCUGAGGAACAACCAGCUGGACCAUGAGAACCACCAGACCAUUCUCCAUCCCUUCUCUGUCUCCACUCUUCUCUUUCUCCCCUCUGGGCUAAGAUUUGCUGUCCCCUCCUUUUUUCUUCCCUUUUUUUAGGUCCCUCACCUCACCCCCCUCCAGUCCUCUGAGACACCAAAGAGGAAACACGAUACCUCUUGCUGUUUUACACACAUGAUUCUCGGCUCAGGGUUUGGUGCAUCAUGGGAAACUGAGUCCCCGGAGCCCCACAGUCCUCCUGUCCCUGUGCUUGACACACCCGCUCUGCUGUACAGAAUUCUGGCCAAGUUUUCAAUAAAAGAAGAAUCUUGAUUCCAAA